AUGGCGCCGGUUAUUAAUCGAAAAUCCGCCGAAAAUCUUGAAAUGAUGGGUCUACAGAAACCACCAACGGGCUACGAAUUCGAAGUGGAUCGAGACCGACGGAGCUUUAUUUACAAGGUAGAGCUCGUGCAGUCGAAAUCCCAUCAAGAAGCCCGUUUGGUACACUACAGGAAUGGCAUUGUCAUAGAAGCCUCCACGAAAGAAAAGGCUAUCUCGGAUCAACUUUACAGCAAUACCGAUACAUGUGCGUCAAUGAAUCUUGGCCGUAUCUUGGCAGCGCGAUGCCUACAAGCUGGAGUACACUUUGCAGUGCCGGGUGCCAGUGAGGAACAAAUUGAAAUUAGUAAGCAUGUAAGUUUCUCUUACGUUGGGCUAAUAUUGAGAGUGUUUUUUUUCAAUAUUUGA